GAAUCACGUUUUAUUUUGUUCCCCUUUAUCGUCUUAUAUUAUUCCGCGUAAUAUUUUGCCUGAGCUUUAAUUAUUGAAGUUGAAGGUAAAGCUGCAGUAGUUGUACUCCACCCUCACAUGUUAUUUUCAUUCCCCCAAUAUUCCCCAUUCCUCAGGUUUCACUCUAGAUAACUAAAACCCUUGCACAAUAAUAUCUUAUAAGUUAUUAUAAUAAACUCCACAUGGUGAUGAUGGUACCACCAGAGAAAGUGAAGAACGAUGAGGGAGUAGCGGCAAAGCAAGAAAGAACCACCGUUGACUCUCUGGAAGAGACUACUGUUGCUGCCGACAGGUCUUCUCCACAGCCACAAGAAACUACUCAUCAGGCGCCACAUGAUAAUGACUCCCAGAACCAAGAGAAAUUGAGGGCUGCAGCUACUACUAGACAAGCUUCAAGAAUGGGAGAGUUCAACAGCAAUGUUGAGUAUGUCACCGUUGUAGAUUUACCUUCCCCAAGGAGAACUCACACCAUGAAGAAAGUUUCAAUUCUCCCUCUUGUAUUCCUAAUCUUCUAUGAGGUUUCAGGUGGUCCCUUUGGUGUUGAGGACACUGUUCAUGCAGCAGGUCCACUCUUGGCCCUUCUUGGUUUUGUAGUUUUCCCAUUCAUAUGGAGCAUCCCUGAAGCUUUGAUCACUGCUGAGAUGGGCACAAUGUUCCCGGAAAACAGCGGUUAUGUCGUUUGGGUCUCGACUGCGCUGGGUCCCUUUUGGGGGUUUCAGCAGGGUUGGAUGAAGUGGCUGAGUGGUGUGAUAGACAAUGCUUUAUAUCCUGUUCUGUUUCUUGAUUAUCUGAAAUCUGGAGUCCCUGCAUUAGGGGGUGGAUUACCUAGAAUCCUUGCAACUUGGGGUUUGACAAUUGUUCUCACUUUCUUGAACUACAGGGGUUUAACAAUUGUAGGAUAUGUUGCUGUUUUCUUAGGGGUUUUCUCGCUCCUCCCUUUUGUGGUUAUGGGGUUUUUGUCAAUUCCGGACUUGAAACCUUCGAGAUGGACUGUGGUAAACACUAAAGAUGUUGAUUGGAAUUUGUAUUUGAAUACUUUGUUCUGGAAUCUCAAUUACUGGGAUUCUAUAAGUACUCUUUCUGGGGAAGUGGAGAAUCCGAAGAAAACUCUUCCAAAAGCUUUGUUUUUCGCGUUGAUCCUAGUGGUUCUGGGGUAUUUCUUCCCACUUCUGAUUGGUACGGGCGCUGUUCCCCUUAAUCGAGAGCUGUGGACUGAUGGUUACUUCUCGGAUAUUGCUAUGAUUCUUGGAGGAGCGUGGUUGAGAUGGUGGCUUCAGGCUGCUGCCGCGAUGUCAAAUAUGGGAAUGUUUGUUGCUGAAAUGAGCAGCGACUCUUUCCAGCUUCUAGGGAUGGCCGAGAGAGGAAUGUUGCCCGAGUUCUUCAGCAAGAGAUCUCGUCAUGGAACCCCUCUUGUAGGUAUACUUUUCUCUGCCUCUGGUGUAAUUCUACUGUCAUGGAUGAGCUUUCAAGAGAUCGUAGCGGCAGAAAACUUCCUGUACUGUUUCGGAAUGAUUUUGGAGUUUAUUGCAUUCAUAUUGUUGAAGAUCAAGCACCCCAAUGCGUCUCGGCCUUACAAGGUGCCAGGAGGAGCAGCCGGGGCGAUCCUCAUGUGCAUCCCUCCGACCGCAUUGAUCUGUGUCGUGUUGUAUUUUUCCACCCUCAAAGUAAUGGUUGUAAGCCUCAUUGCUGUGUCAAUUGGCCUUGUCUUGCAGCCUUGUAUCAAAUAUGUAGAAAAAAAGAGGUGGUUGAAGUUCUCCCAUAGUGCUGAUCUCCCAGAUCUUGAACAUGAGGAGAGCACUCACUCUUUGGUGAAUUAAUUAACUUAUCAUGUUUCUAGAUUUUUUAUUUUUUGACAGUGUUGAGGUUAUUUUUUUGAGGUGUUAAUGCAUUAUAGCUGCAUAGAAGGGGCAGCGUUGUAUCUUA